AUUUCGGAAAGUUGAGGUAAUAAUGACUUUGGCAACCUUCAGCGAGUAAAAGUCAAAACCAGCGGCAUAUAUCAGGCGGCGGAUGUGACUAACAAGACCAGACUCUCCUGCCUCUUCAGUCCUUCAGUGAUACCCCCAAAGUUCAAAGUAUAUAUUCUACAAUAGAUUCGAAGCAGCGUCUACAAGAUUAAGAACCAGGCAUUAUGGAUGGUUUGAUUAAAAGUCAAAGGAUCAUGGAUGUUCCAUGUUAAAUAUUCCCGAUCGAGUUGCAUUUUUAGAUGUGGUUUGAAAUCAGGUCAAUCGGAUGCGCUACUUCAGGUUAUUUUUAAAAUAUUGAAUCCACAAAGUGCAGAGAGACGUCGAACAGCCCAUCUUGAGUUGAGCACCUUCAUAGUUUGAAAAGUUUUGUACAGGAGAAUACACGUCAGAGAGGUUGAGAGGAAGUAACUUUCGAUUGGUGAUUGAUUCAUCGUGAAGGUAGCCAAUGUUUGAUGAGCUCUCGUCUCUCAGUUUCACUUCAUAACUCUUGCCAGAACCGUCUGAAACUGUUACCUGUCGCCCUCACCUUCAAAGCAGCCACCGUACCAUGACCUGUGAUAAUGACCUAUGAUGACUGGAUGCAUUAGCUUUGCACCUUUCUCAAUCCAAGUUCUGGAGACAAACACAUGAUGAAGGUCUCAUCAUCAACUAAUGGAGCUAUCACGCUCAUCGUUGCCAUUUGUUACAAUCUACUGCUUCUAAUUACUGAACUUCAAGCCGACACCAGUAGCAGUGAAGAAUCGAGUGAAGAGGACAAAAAUAUUCUCACCGUUGUGACAUGGUACAAUCAAGGUUCAACAGGAUAUUAUGACAUGCCCGGAGGGACAGCGCAGGAGGAAUCGGAGGAGGGCGAGUCGGAAAACAGUUUCAACGUAGAUGGCGCUAGUAUCCCCGAUACUGAUAUGAAGACGGGACAAAGUAGUACUGUUUCUGUCAGUUUCACCUCUUCAGAAAAUGUGACACCGUAUAGAACAACUAUGAGAACCAAUGUUCAUGUUGGAGGCAACAGCGAUGAUGACGAUGACGAUGGAGAAGGAGAUGAUGAUAUCGAUAAUGAUGAGAGCGACGAGGAGAAUGAAACUGACAAUGAGGACAAUGGUGGGGGAGGUGGCACAGUACCUGUAACAAUACCUGCAACAACGAAGUCCCCGGAUGGGGGAAAACGGACAUCCUUCCCAGUGCGUCCCCUUUCGGGAAAACAUUGCUUUGUCUUUCAAAAUCAACCGAAUCAACAACUCUGCCAGUGUGACUCAAAGCCGCCUAAAUUACCAGAGCUUCCAAAGAAAUUGCAAAGAUCUUCGCCGGUUCAAAUCAAAAGAAGAACACGGCAACAUAGCGAUUGCAAUAUUCUCUGUAUCUGCUGGAUUUUAGCGUUCGUUGGUGUAUUGAUUGGCGCGGUAUGCAAAGUAUCACAGAACAGGAGAACUCAUUUCUAGAAUAAUUUUGCAAAUGUAUAAACUCUGGUCAGUACAGACAGUACCCCUCCCUGACAUUCCAACUUUCAAUUUAGCUUAGCUUUUACAUUAAAAAAAAUUAUAUAUAAAUAUUUGUUAUGCCACACAGUAUGAGUGAUUAGCGCUAGAACUGCCUUCCCUUAGUUGAAAAUGGGAUUGCAAUAUAUACUUAUAUAUAAUUUGGUGAUAGUGAAACCAUGAUUAUGGUGAUUUAAUAUUGACAGAAGAUAUUUAUGGGAGGAACAGUUGCGUAGGAACGGGGCAUGGUGAAACAAAACGAAGGCUGUCAAAGGAGAGGGGAAGAGGGUCGUGAAAGUAGACUGACUGUAGGACCACCUCCCAUAUCCUCCAUCCACUCGGCGGUCUCGUUAACUCUCAUUUAAUCAUCAUGAUAACAUCGAUGCACCCCCUCCCGUGAUGUCUGCGCUCCCUUCAAUACGCUACGCCACUGUGAAGUGGAAAAGUGUAUAUUCUUUUUUCCCCUCUCAUUUAUAGAAUAUCUGAGACGCAGAUCGUCUCAUCAAACCGAAAGCAGAAGAUAAGCACUUGAGGGCCUACGAUGAUUUUGUUUUCGUACUAAAUUGCUGUCAUGCUAUAAAAAGAUUCGUAAACAGGUACAAGAAAAAGAUGAUUGAUAGUAGCGCUAGAGGGAGCCUGACAAUUUCUGUUUUAUCUGCUGACAUUGACGGUCCAUUUUUAAUAGUGAAGCCUCAGGAUACCGUUAGGUUCUAUAGUAUUAAAAACAAUCCCUAGAGAUUUAUUCAUGUCUUGUUGACUGUUAGUUUUAUCUUGUUUAUAUAUUCAAGACGAUGGUUGUACUUCGUUUACCUAUUUUAUUUCAAACAGAGACACAUUUUUAUUCAAAAUGGGAUAAUCCAAAUGUACACUUUUAUUUGCGAAGUGCAAAUGUGAAAUAUGGACAUCAAAUCCCAAUUCUGAUAUUAUGUCCUACAUCUCAUUAAAACCUGCAGUGAUGCGGGGAAUGCUGAAAAUAUCUAAUUAAGUUGAAUAUCAACGGAUUUUGACCGCUCAUAGGGGUAACGAUUACAUAAUUUCCUUCAUGAUAUUAUAUUAGCAAUUUUUUGUUAGACUCUACUGAUAUUUUCCCUACGAAACAACGACAAAAUUUUUUCAACGCUAUUUCUGGAAUUAAAAUAUACUACCGUCUUCCUUUCAAUAAAAUGUUAUGAAGUUGGGGUAUGUAUCUUAUAGUAUACUAAUCAUUCUGUCUCUCUACAUAUAUAAUUGAUAUACAUGUAUAUGUACAAAUUCAAUAGUCGUUUUUCCACGAAACCAACGUAUGAUAAGUUAACGGUAAUACAAAGUUUUAUUUGAAAAUUAUUUUCUAGUGCUUAUAAUUUAUCCACAGGGGUAUCCAAAUAUAUCACAAUUUUAAAGAAUUACUAUCCAUUCAUUUUCAAAAUUUCCCAAAACUUUGCAUUUUUAAUCAAAGAAAUAUAAAGUUUCAACUCACAAAUUGACUUUAGUUCCUUAAAUUUUCACGAGUAUUGCAAAUACUUAUAUUUGACAUUUAUGGCAAGUCUUAAGACACGACAGUCUUAUUUUGGCAUUGAAAGGAAAUUAAGUUAAUGUAAAGGGACGCAUUACACAUUGUAAGUGAACAGGAGAAUGACGUACAUUAGGUAAUGAAAACAAGUUCGACAUGUGAUAUGUGAUAUAGCCGACAUGCAGACAAAAUAAAAGAAAGAAGCGUUUGGGACCCGUGUUCCCUUUAUGGAUAAUUCAUUACCCUCCCUACGUUAUAAAUAGAUGAGAAUACAGUAGAUCGCUAGAAUAUUACAGCGAACUCUUUCUUCUAUUUCACUUCCUUUAUUCCUUCAGUUUUUUGUCUUCUUCUUAGCCCCGAUAGCUUCCACAUAACAAAAUACUUUCCUUUGUCAUCACGAAUAUGGUAUGAUCAUGUCCUAGUGUGUAAAUGUUUUUACACAAUGCAAAUAUAUUAAAGAAAUGUUGUGAUUUAAUUAAUAGCUACAUGUAAUAUAGCUUUAGGCCAAUAACAAAAAUACGUGUUUCUUGUCUGUAUUUUUUUUUUAAAGGAGGAGGCAGGACAUUUACUAUUUACUAUUUUGCUUUUUUUUUUUGCAAUUCUUUUCCAAGAUGGCUGCUAUGCUACUAAUAAGCCUAUUUAUUCACAGGUAUUGUGCUAUAUGAGUAUACUUAUGCGAUUUAUGACAACAAAUGAUUUGUAUCACUUUAGAAGCUAUUUAAACAAAAUGUAUAUCACAGG